AUGAUUAACCUAUGUCUGGACAUUAUUCAUAAUAAUAAUAAUAAUAAUAAUAAUAAUAAUAAUAGUAAUAGUAGUAAUACUAAUACUACUGCUACUAAUAAUAGUAGUAGUAAUAGUAAUAAUAGCACUACAAAUAAUACUACUACUACUACCAAUAAUAGUAGUAGUAGUAGUAAUAGUAAUAACAGCAGUAAUAAUAAUGCUAAUACUACUAAUAAUAGUAGUAAUAAUAGUAAUACUACUAAUAAUAGUGGUAAUAAUAGUAAUGAUAGUAAUACUACUAAUAAUAGUAGUAAUAAUAGUAGUAUAUGA